AUGAAUGUAGUUGAUGGUGCGAUAAUUGAUCAAGAAUGUGCUUCACUUCUCAAACAAUCUGAUAUCAAUCAACUAAAUCAAUUUCUUGAUGUUGUUACGAUUCAACUAACGAAAUCUUCAUCAAUGACAAGCGACUACAAUCUCAUCAACAAAAUCGUUUUAACUUUGAUUACCGUUGAUACUAAACAACUAUUUAAACAGCGUCAACUUAUUCAACAUCAACUCUUGGUUAUUCUUCGAGAUUAUUUAGUUAAACUAUUAUUCGAACAGGAUCAAAUUGCCUUAGUUAAUAACUUAUCAAUUUUUUUCCAUGAUAUUUGUUCUUCUACUCUUGUGGGUAAUGGGAUUGAUAAACUCAUGAUUUAUACACCUUUGGUAAACAAAAUCUGCGUAUUCUUUAAUGAGAUCGAAAACUAUGCUCGAGAAAGUCAACAAAUUGAAAUAAUCAAUCGUUUAAUGCUGAUUUAUCAAAACAUGCAAAUGACUCGUUUGGAUACACGAGAUGACUCAACUUUAGAAGUUUUAUUUCUGAAUAUUUCUACAUGUUUUUCUUCAAAGUUUUUUCUUCAAGCCCUUCAAGCUUUAUCAACAAAUCUACCAAAUUUGAACAGUCUUCUCUUCGACACAUCUGUCGAAUUUCUGUAUUGGCAACCUUAUGAAGAUAGUCUGUCACGAAAAAACAGUCUAUUUACCAUUUACAAGGUAUUGGUAGGUACAACUGCCGAUUUACUAUCAUCUCCACCACCGAUUGAACCCAUUGUGCGACUUGCUCGUCUACUUGCCUUGUUGGUUAUGGUUACUGAUGGCACAGUUGAUGAUAAAGAUUAUUAUAAUCUUAUUGAUNACUUGUUCACAGGACAAAUCAAGCGAAGCGUGGAUUAA